AUUAUCCCCUUUGUUUACCAAACUGUCCACAAAACCAAAACAACCAAAGAAUAGUUAAAAAGGAAACAAAACAGACCAGAAAGUCAUCAAGAAAAAAUAGAAACCCAUCAAGAAAAAUCAAAGUCCAAAAAAGCCAACCAAAUCAUACCCAAAAAGUACCAUUCAAAAUGGCAGAAACAAAACAACAACAAGAAUCUCAAAUUCCACAAAACCAAUCAAUAAUCUCUUCUAUGCUAUUCAUAAAAAUCAUGAGCAAAAGAAGAACAUGGGUGUUCCUAUUUGUCACAGUUUACACAAUUUUACUAUCAAUUUCUUGGAAUUUUCUCAAAACAGUUCUUUCUUGGUAUGAAUCAACUAUGUCAGCUAAUUCCUUAAACCCCACAAACUCAGUUUUUUCUAAUUGGCCUGCUUUAUAUGCAUCUGUGUUAUUAGGUUUAGCUUUUGGUGUUCUAUCAAUGGUUGCAGCUUUAGCUGUUGCAGUACCAGCUACUUUGGUGACUUGGAUUACUAUUUUGGUUUUGUUAACAUUUGCUGGUAAAAAUAGAAGGGAUUUGGUGUUGGAAGGAAAGAAAUUGACAGGUGAUAUUAUUGGAUUUGUGGUUAAGGUUUUGAUUAAAGAAGGGAAUGUUGUUGCUGCUCUUUGUGCUGUUCUUGGUUAUUUUGCUCUUGUUAUUAGAAGGAAUAAACAACAAGAAGAUGUUGAUUAUUGACUGAAUUAUUAGAAAUCUGAAUUUUGGGAAAUUAGGAAAUUGUAAUUUUUCUCUAAAUCAGUUUGUAGAAUCUUUUUUUUUUUUUUUUUUUUGCGGGGAGUUGGGGGGGGGGGGGGGUUUGUUUUAUUUUUUUAUUUUGUUUGGUUAGUUAGAUGUAGGAGGAUUAGGGUUUGGAGCAGGCCUUUUGACAAGCUGUUAUUAUUAUCUAACAGUAGAUUAUCCAUAAAUGUCGACGCCAUGUAUCAUAUAUGUUAAAAUUGAAAUGGGAUUCCAUUGUGCA